UCCACGUCGCUCUUCCGGAAACCCGCCUGAAACGGUAAUUUAGUUUCUCCUAUAUAUAAAUCCCUGCUUCAGGGUCUCGUUCUUCGCUCAUUUCUGAGGUCCACUCUUUGCUGUGACUGCGCUGAGUCUCUGAAGCUAAAUCUUCAUCUCUGAGGAAUUUUCAGGUUUCGAGCUCGAUCUCCUUCUCUCUUUCAGUUGCUUCCAUGGCGAUCUGCUUUCAGCCAACAUUGAAGCCGGUGGCGGUUCCUCCAGUUUCUCUAUCUAACCCUAAAUCUGUCCUCUUCAGGUGCAAUUUGUCUCUACCAUCCAGGACCGCCGUCACUACGGUCGAACCUGAACCUGUAUUCUCCUCUGUCAAAGCAUUCGCACCUGCAACCGUCGCUAAUUUAGGCCCUGGCUUCGAUUUCCUCGGCUGCGCUGUCGAUGGACUCGGCGAUUUCGUCUCCCUCAGCGUUGAUUCCAAUGUUCAUCCUGGUGAGGUCGCAAUCACCAAUAUUUCUGGCAAUAACACGAAUAAGCUUAGUAAAAACCCUUUGUACAAUUGCGCGGGCAUUGCCGCUAUCGAGGUCAUGAAAAUGCUAGGGAUCCGAUCUGUCGGUCUAUCUCUGUCGCUCGAGAAGGGUUUGCCGUUGGGGAGCGGAUUGGGAUCUAGCGCGGCGAGCGCAGCCGCUGCGGCGAUUGCUGUUAAUGGAUUGUUCGGCGGAAAAUUAGGAGUCGAGGAAUUGGUACUCGCGGGGCUGAAAUCAGAAGAAAAGGUUUCUGGAUACCAUGCGGACAAUGUCGCACCAGCGAUCAUGGGGGGUUUCAUUCUGAUCCGGAAUUACGAACCCUUGGAACUGAUCCGCCUGAAGUUCCCCGUCGAGAAGGAGCUGUUCUUCGUAUUGGUGAGCCCGGAAUUCGAAGCGCCGACCAAGAAAAUGCGCGCUGCAUUGCCGGCUGAAGUUGGGAUGCCGCACCAUGUAUGGAACUGCAGCCAAGCCGGGGCGUUGGUGGCGGCGGUGCUGCAAGGCGACUUGGUGGGGCUGGGCAAGGCAUUGUCAUCGGACAAAAUUGUGGAGCCAAGGCGAUCCCCGAUGAUUCCAGGGAUGGAUGGGGUCAAGAAGGCGGCGAUUGCAGCCGGGGCAUUCGGGUGCACGAUAAGCGGGGCGGGGCCGACCGCGGUGGCAGUGAUCGACGACGAGGAGAGGGGGAAGGAGAUCGGUGAGAGGAUGGUUAUGGCGUUUCUGAAGGAGGGGAAUUUGAAAGCCGUGGCAUUAGUAAAGAGGCUCGAUCGAGUUGGUGCAAGGCUUGUUGGCUCAACUCCUAGAUAAUAGUGUUCUGUGAGACCAUCUUUCUGAUGUUUUUCAUGUCUGCUCCAAAUUUUGCCUUGUGGUUGCUAGGGCUUCGUUUGAGAAAUGGUUAAUAAAUUGGAUUCCGCUGUGAAAAUGAACCUCUGAAACCCACUGUUUAUGCGGAAUAAUUUUGUGCCUUUUUUUUUUGUUACAGAAGCAGAUUCGACUGUUACUUAUGAAAUUGGGAUGAAGUUGUGCUGAUUUUUGUUCCUCUGAAAAUUUGAUCUAAUCGAAUGAUCGGAAUUUGGCUCUCGAAAUGUGGGUGGUAUCAGUUUAGUUAGUCGUUUCAUCAGAGAUUAUUGGUUGUUGAUCUAACAAUUGGCCUGAAAAUGAAGAAUCUUGGUAAGAAGCUAUCCCUUUCUCCACGAGGAUUGUUGCUUGAUGAACUAAUUCUCGCUUAAUGAGCAAACAUUUCAAGGCUUCGAGCUAA